AUGCGAAAUGAAACAAAGAAAAGCAAUAAACUCCCAAAAUCUCAACAGCAACUAACUCAAAGCCUUAUUGAGUUGACAAGGCAGUUGGAUCCGGAGUUAGCACAACAUUAUGAAUAUUGUGAGAAGAUGAGUGGAAACGAAUGGCCACCAGUUCGUAAACCUCAUCCUCCCCCUAGUAAAUUUACUACUCAAUCCAGAAUUCCCAUCAGAUCGCCAUCAAAGCGGAUCAAUACCCCAAAAACAGGUUCCAAGUCUUCGACAAGGCCUGUUACAGAGUCGGAGACAAAAUCGAAAGCCAUCAAAACUUCGGAACCUAAAGGUAACCUUGAAGACACACGGGGGAUGAACCAUAAGAUCGCGAAACCUGAUUCUAAAUUAAGAGAUUCAAAGUCACAAACGGAAACUGAAACACCGAAAGAGCCAGAAGAGAAACCCACAGUCCUAGAGGAAUUAAAGACGGUGAGUGCUCAAGAGUCACCCCCUGAAGAUUGUAUUGAAACUUCAAAGGUGUUAGGGGAUGAACAGAAGUCGGAAUCAAUUCAGGACCCGCCAAGCAAUUCAAAGAUUAAUCUUUCAGAAGUUUCAGGUAUUGAUAAUAAGAAAUUGGUGGAAUGUUUCCAUUGUUUCUUGCAGCGAGUGGAUCCAGAACUAUCUGACUGUUUGAAAACACGUGAAACAAUUACUGCUGAAGAGAAUUUGAACCAAACGCAGAAACUUGAGUCCCAUUCGAGUCAGGUAAUUGAGAAUGAACCAAAAUCAACGCAAACACCGAAACGGGAACCUAUAUCUGAAGAGAAACCGGAGGUGGAUUCAACAUCAACUAAAGAAACUGCACCGAGUUCGGAAACCAACUUGAAGCAAGGAGUAAGUCAUAAGAUCAUACCUGCUACAAAAAUAGAGACAUCUACGAAAUCUCUCGUGACAGAGACACAUGAUGAAAGGAAAAAUGAAAUUGAAUCAUUACCAACUUCAGAGUGUUCGUCCAUGCCUGACGAAUUAAAAUCGAUUAUAGCGACACUGAAAUCGAAACUAGCUCAGAAAUUAAUGCAAACAUUAAACACUGGAAAUAAACCUGAGACCAACCUUGCAACAGUGACAGAGGAUUCACCAAGAUCUACUGAAUCCAGAUCAAACCAAACGCAAAAAUUGGAAGAGAAAUUGAAUUCAUGUCCAGAAGUAGUAUCGGACCAGCCAGAGCCCCGAACAAAGUCUUCCACAGUUUCGGAGGCUGUGGCCAAGCACACUUCAGUAAAUCCAGCAGUAAAUUCUAAAAUUGAUUUUGCAUCCAGGACACAUCCAGCUACAAUGCCUGAAACAAAAUUAAAUUCAAAUACUGAAAUGAGACCUGAUUCAAUGUCCACAUCGAUGAUGAAAGCAUCAACUUCACCCACCACUUCAACAUCACCCUCAGAGCAAAAUCCACUAGAGGCCAAAAUUUCCAAAUCUUCGGAUAAUGCACUUAGGCCAACAAAUUGUCAUGGAAAGAGGAUUGAAUUUAAAGAUGACCUCAGAAUAAAGACGACAACAAAUGCGGAGUCAAAUUCUAAUGUGAAAUUUAAAUCUGAGUCUGUGAACCAACUUGCUUCGGAUUCAUGCACCAAAGGACAGCAGAAAGGCGGGUGUAUAUCGAAGUCCGAAGGGCGUUCUUCAGUUCGAUGGAAUGAUUUAGAUUUUGAUAUGCAAUCAAAGAUGAAAGCCUUCAUUGCUGAAAAAAUGCAGGAUGAUAAGAAACCCCUCCAUCGAGCCAUGCAACAGCUGGAAAAGAAUCGAGUUAGGGAAUGUAAUUCCAAGUUGGCUUCUUCACUCACUUCUGAAUUGAAAUCCGAACGUUGUCGGAGCCUGGAAAGAAGGCAAGAAAUUGAAUCAGAUCCUCUUCCUGCUUCAACUUCAGGGCAAGCUACUUUGAGAAACCCCACAGAAUUAACGAACUCGGAUCGUAUGAAAUCUCUCCAACAACUUCUACAGAAAUGUAGUCCUAACUUGGUCAAAUGCAUUGAGAAAAGUAACGAAUCCACAUCCUGUGGAAUUCAAAAAUCGAUACUAAAGCCGCAAUUGACAUCGAUAUUAAAACCCACAGUGAAUCCAAUAACAGAAGUGAAGGCUCAACCUGGACAAGAUGCUAGAGUAUGUGUUCAACCUUGCUCCAAUCAGAAAGAUUUACUUAGCAGUUUUCAGUCACAUCUGGAGAGGUUUGACCCAGAAAUGGCACGAUCCUUCUGCAAUUACAGAGCCAAAUUAGACUCCCAGUCGGAACCAUCGCGAAUGUCAAGCCUCAAUGCCAAUGGCAGCAAGAAUUUGCUCAAAAUUUGCCAGCUCUUACUGGCUAAAUUUGAAGAAGGGAUGCCCAAAAGUGGGGAAGUCGAACAGAAAGUAAUUAAGCCAAGUAUAGCAUCUCACCCUCUUCUCAAGUCCUCAGGUGAUUCCAAUCAUGAGGAUAGGAUUAAACAUCUCCAUCCUUCCCUGAACAAAGUGGACUCGGAAAUGGACAAAUCCUGCAAUCAAUCGGAACAAUUUCAAUCAGAAUCCGAGUCUAAUUCGAAAUCUCCAUGGAAUUCUAAUAAUGACCAUCAAGAUUUAAUUAAUAGUUUUAGACUCUUUUUGCAAAAAGUCGAACCAAAAACUGCAAAAACCUUCAACAAGGAUGUAUGA